CUGUUGUAAAACUUUUUUCCCAAAUUGCACUUCAACGCACCACAUCGUCCCUCAAACCCCUCCCCUGUCUCGCGGGGUGGCGACUUUAGGAGGAACUCUUUUUCCCCAAGAAAGCGUUGUGCAACAGUUUUGUUUCUGCUUAUUCUCAACGCAGAAAACGCGCUAACAAACAGGUGCGAACCUAAGAUUUCCUCACAAUGAGUGUGUCCCAGACAAUGGAGACAGAAGAGGACCUCCUGACGUGCCUCCGCAUCAAGUUCUACCACCAACAGCAGCAACGCAAAGGUCUUUACAGUCUUCUUCCACUGGGCAACAGAAGCAAACAUUUGGCAGAUGAGUCUAUCCGCUUGGGGCGGGAUGCCCAGUCUUGCACCUUUGCCUUGGCUGACGCCCGGGUCUCUCGCAAACAAUUGGCCCUGCAAGCUUAUCGCACAGCCGAUAGCCCAGACUUGCUGUUCAGCCUCCAGAAUCUGUCUCAGACAGUCAAAGUGUCCGUGAACGGCACAGGCCUGGACUUUUUGGAAAGGGCGGAUCUCCCGAGCAAGGCCCUGGUCCGUUUCGCCGAGUACGAGAUUUUGAUUAUCAGGGAGGCCGGUGAGGCCAAGCAGAGUUUCGAGGUGGAGCUGGAAGUGCUCGCUGUGCCUCCUUCCAGAGACACAGGCACAAUGGUCAGUACCUUGCCCGUCAUGGACACAGGCGCAUCUUUGAUAUCCCACCAACAAGAAGUUCAGGUCCCUUUGGAGACAGAUGAGACGCUCAUGUUCAGCUGACUUGACAAUUCACCAUCUUUUGGGACAUCUGAUACGCUGUAGAUUUUUUAAAAGCAUCACUCCAGUACUGUUUUAUACUAACC